UUAUCUCUUGUUUUCAACAUGCAAAAAAGAUUCCGGCAAGUCUUUACAUCUGUAAAAGAGCACACUAGCUUUAGCUGUGCAAAAAUAGCCACCGUCGGAGGGUUUUCCGAUCUCGAUCUUAUAGUUGUGAAGGCAUCAUCGCCAGAGGACGUACCCUUGCCGGACAGAUAUGUUCAUGAACUCUUGAAGAUCUUCUCCAUUUCACCACCUUCUUCAUUCCGGGCCUUUUCACAGAGCUUUACUCGCCGGUUUGGCAAGACACAAUGCUGGAGAGUUGCACUCAAAUGCCUAGUCCUCCUCCACCGAUUGCUCCGAUCGUUGCCUGAAAACAGCCCGUUUCGUUCCGAACUCCGGUGGGCUAGAUCCAACGGACUGUUGUCUCUGCAUCCAUGCCAUUUCCGGGACUGUUCAUCGUCGGCUGCCGGAGAUUAUACCAUGUUUGUAAGCUCAUAUGCUCAAUUACUUGAUGAAGCAAUUGACCACUUGUCCUUUGAAAGUAAGGAAAUAGAGGAACAAGACCCUGAAGACUUUCCUGAUAGAAAGAAAGAUUUAGAUCGAAUAAUUGAAGUCUUGGCACAACUCCAAUGCCUCAUUGAUCGAGUCAUGGAUUGCCAGCCGACCGGACCGGCUGCUCGGAGCUUUGUUGUUCAAUCAGCUAUGAGACAUAUUAUCCGGGAUAGCUUUAUAUGGUACACAACCUUUAGAAAAGAGAUUGUCCUGGUUUUGGAGAAUCUAAUUCAGUUGCCAUACAGGAAUUGUGUAGCUGCUUUUGGUAUUUACAAGAAAGCAGCCCUACAAGCUGAUGAACUAGGAGAAUUUUAUGAUUGGUGUAAGUCCAUGGGCUUGUGUGGAUCAUAUGAAUACCCUUUAAUUGAUCGAGUUCCAGAAAUGCAGAUUCGAGCACUCGCAGAUUUUCUCAAUGGGAUGUGGCAAUUAACAGAUUCAUCGUCUUCAUCCACCACGUCUCCCUUAACGUCAACGAUGCUGUCUCCGAUAAGUUUAACAGAAAAUGACAGUCACAAACAACCGGUGACAUCGGAGAAGAUUCGCGCCCUUGGAGAUUUUUUCAAUGGGAUGUGGCAGAUAACAGAUUCAUCAUCCUCAUCCACCACAUCCCCAUUAACAUCAACGAUUCUGUCUCCUUUGAGUUUAACAGAAGACGGUGAGGACAAACAACCGGUGAUAUCAGAGAAGGUAGAAAGCACAAAUUUGUUGAAAUCUGAAGAACAUGCUGAGAACAAAAAAGUGGAUAAAGUUGGAGAUAUGGAGCCACUAAUACAGUUUGAAGUUGACAGUAAUGUGAGCUGGGAGGCUCUUUUAGAAGCUUCCAUAAGUCCAUCAUCCAUGGCUCCUAAAAACAACUUGUUCCCCCGGUACCCUAACGUCCAUGGAUAUGGAAAUUAUUCAGCAGAUGGACCCAAAGAUGAGGUGAAUCAAUGGCAGAUGCAAAUAUAUAAUCCCUAUACCCUGCACCCUUUUUAUCAGCAGUACAACAUGCCCCAUUACUAUGGAUCAGUCCCUAGUAACCCUACUUACCCAUGGGGUCUUUGA